AAUUCGAGAUGAAAUAAAGGUUUGUUGUUGUUGUUGUUGUUGUUGUUGUUGACUCCGUUCGUCUACGGUGCAUAACUGCCACGAAUAUUCUCGCAACUAGACCUCAUUAAUGGGUGACAGUAAUUUUCUCGCUUGUGUCGAUUGACUGCGUUCGACUACGAUGCAUAAUUGCCCCAAAUAUUCUCGCAAACAUCGACCUAAAACUUCACAAAAAUAGCGCACACCUUUCAUUAGACCGAUUUACAAGAACUUGAAAGGUGUGAGGAGUGAAAAUUAAUAAGUGCAAGUUUUAAGCACUUACAAACACUUACCCGUGAAAGACCACGAGGAAAAGAUCCUGACUGCGAGGCGCGGAACGUUUUGGAACGUUCUUGGAACGUCCUUGAAACGUCCUUCAAAGAGGCAAAUCGAUCAAAAAUCGAUAAACAUUUUGUACAAUCCUAUUGGUCAAAGACCACGAGGAAAAGAUCCUGACUGCGAAGCGAGGAACGUUUUGGAACGUUCUUGGAACGUCCUUGGAACGUCCUUCAAUGAGGCAAAUUGAUCAAAAAACGAUAAACAUUUUCUACAAUCCUAUUGGUCAAAGACCACGAGGAAAGGAUCCUGACUGUGAAGCGAGGAACGUUUUGGAACGUUCUUGGAACGUCCUUGGAACGUCCUUGGAACGUCCUUGGAACGUCCUUGGAACGUCCUUGGAACGUCCUACAAUGAGGCAAAACUAUCAAAAAUCGAUAAACAUUUUGUACAAUCCAAUCCAAUACGAUCCAAUUGGUCAGCUUACCAACAGAAAAAAAAUCGAUAAAGAUUUUACGCAGUCCUAUUGGCUAGCUUUGCAAUUGGUCCUUACAAUGAAAAACAAACCCAACCGGAUUUUUAUCAUCGUAUGCCCAGGGCAUCCCACGGAAAAACAUAGAAAAAAACCAAGCGAACGCUUGUUUCGAAGUCAUGUUCCGAGAAGAAGACGAAGAAGUAGAUGUAGAAACAAAUCGUUUGGUACGAUGGUUGAAUUUAACCCGUGACAAGAUGAAAAAAGAAAACGUUUUCAGGGCAGAAGAUUUUUCGAAGCCAUGGGCAUCAAGCGAUCUGGCAUUCGUUGUAGAAGGAGAACAGCUUCAUGUCCAUCGAUGGGUUUUGUCACAGGGUUCUCCAGUCUUCGAGAAAAUGUUCACAUCGAAUUUCUCAGAAAAGGACAAAGAACAGAUAAUUAUGCCUGCAAAGAAAAUGACCGAGUUUCACGAUUUGUUAUUGAUGGUGUAUUCGCUCGCGGAGCGCUCGAUAACGAGCCAAAACUGUUCUUAUCUUUUAAAACUCGCCGAUGAAUACCAAAUAGGAUUUCUUCUUGAAAAGUGCGAGGAUUUUCUAGUGGCCACAUCUAGUGACAUUUUCGCAGGAACUUUGAGCCUAAAGGCUAUUUUCAGCGACUUUUUACUGGAGCAAUCCGCUUUCAAGAAGGAACAAGUUUUAGCUCUGUUGAUUCUCGCACAAGAGUACCACAUGGAAAAUUUAAUCUCGAACUGUCUUUGGGAAGCGCGUAAAUUCAGCUUGACGGAGUUGAAAAAAGACUAUCAAGAGCUGUGUGAUCUGCUGGAGCCUAAAAUUUAUUGUGGGAUGCUGGAAAGGAUCAUUGAACGAAUGGAGGACAGAUUUGUUGUAUUUUGACAUUCAUUUCUCAACCAUCGAGCUCUUGCGCAAACAGGCACCGGAGCGUCGCAAGCCUCCUGCGGCUUCCGUCACUUCUUGCUUUUGCGGCUUCACCGCUCAAACCUUUUUUGCGCACAGAAAAACUGCCUGCGAUACAGUUUCAGUACCUGUUGGGUCGAACGUAAUUGUCCUCAUUCUUGAUGUCAGCGCACAGUAAGCCCAAGCUCACACCGUGAACUGGACUGAACUGAUUAAAAAAGAAAUAGAGUACUGCUGUUUAUUUGCUUGUAUAUUUGUUCGGGCUGCAAGUAUUUUCCAUGCACAUUUAAAUCGACAGAUGCUAGAAUUUUUGUAUCUUGAAGGGAUUAAAUCUAAACAGUCC